AGAGCCGAGCGGUGCCGCACGGAGCCGUGCAGUGCGCAGCAGCAGGACUACACCUCCCGUGCUGCACUGGUGGCUGCAAGGCCCGGCAGCUGACGCAGCCCCCGGCUCCUGGGGCUGCCUUUGUCCGUGCCCACGGCCAUGCUGGGCGGGUGGCGCAGAACCCACGGGGCCGUCUGUCGCUGUGCGCCCUGGGGCUGACCCACGGGACGAGCCUCGCCGCAGAAACGGAGCUCCCGACCCGCAUGGACUGAUGGCUGGGCGCGCUUCCAUCCCCUCGCUGAGAGCCUCCAGGCGGCGGCUGCUCGGGCAGGGGUCGGGGGCAGAGGGGGCCUGCACCGGUGCUCACGAUGCCGGUGACGUUCGAGGACGUGGCCAUCUACUUCUCCCCCGAGGAGUGGGCAGAGCUGGCGGGCUGGCAGCGGCAGCUGUACCGCGAGGUGAUGCUGGAGAACUUCGAGGCGCUCGCCUCGCUGGGCUGCCCCGGCGCCAAGCCCGAAAUCAUCUGCGAGAUGGAGCAGGAGGAGAUGCGGAGUGCAGGACGGCACCAGGAACCCGCGGCGGGGAGGAGGCACCCGGCCCCCUGGCCAGACGGUGACGCUGGGGCCAGGCAGGAGGUGGAGGAAGGCGCGGAGCAGCCACGGGCACCCAGAGCCUCCAUCCCACGGACACCCCGGCGGUGCCAGGCGGGCAGGAGAGGGGGGGGCCCAGCAGGAUGCCCCUGCCCCCAGCCCCUCCCGGCCCCCCCGCUGCAGAGGAGGCCGCCCACGUGCCCGGAGUGUGACAAGAGCUUCAAGAGCAACACGGCGCUGACCAUCCACGAGAGGAGCCAUACGGGCGAGCGGCCCUUCAAGUGCCCGCGCUGCGGGAAGGGCUUUCCCUCCAAGGGGGACCUCAAGCGCCACCAGAAAACCCACGAGGGGCAAGGGGAGCCCCCCGGCCCCGGGCUCUGCCUCCCAGCCCUGCCGCCACCGCCACCAGCCCGGCCUCACCGUGGCCCCCCAGGCCCCAAACGCCCCCACGCCUGCGGUGAAUGCGGGAAGAGCUUCGGCAAGAGCCGGGACCUGCGGAAGCACCGGCAGACGCACACGGCGGCGCGGCCCUUCUCCUGCCCGCAGUGCGGCAGCAGCUUUCGGCUGAAGCAGAUCCUGGUGUCGCACCAGAAGGUGCACGGCAGCGAGAAGCCCUUCGGCUGUGCCGACUGCGGGAAGAGCUUCGUCCAGAAGCACCACCUGCAGAGCCACCGCCGCGUGCACACGGGCGAGAAGCCCUUCCCCUGCGCGCAGUGCGGGCAGCGCUUCAGCCAGAAGCACCACCUGGUCAGCCACCAGCGCAUCCACACCGGCGAGCGCCCCUUCGCCUGCGCCCGCUGCGCCAAGCACUUCAAGGACAAGAAGACCCUCACCGUCCACGAGAGGGUGCACACCGGCGAGAAGCCCUACAAGUGCGGCGAGUGCGGCAAGAGCUGCAGCCAGAAGCAGCACCUCAAGAGCCACCAGCGCACCCACCGGGGCCCGCGGGUGCCGCAGGACGCGGGGCCGGUCCCCCCGGCUGCGUGGCCGGAGCCCAAACCCUUCCAGUGCGCCGGCUGCGAGAAGCGUUUUCGGGACGAGGGCAUCAUGUUGGCUCACCAGCGCACCCACGCCGAGCAGGGGCCGCAGCCGGGGUGGGCGCAGGGCUGCGGCGCUCCCCAAAAACUGCCCCCCGCGGCCCCGCAGGCUGCCAGGGGGCCCAGGGCGUGCGGUGGCUGCGGGAAGGCGUUCACCCAGGGCCGGUGCCUGCAGCUCCACCACACGUGAGGGGGGAGCACGGCUCCGGGUGCUGCUGCCCCCAGCCCCAAGGAGCACCCGCAGCCACCUCGCCGUGCUCCUGAAGCAAGCAGGGCAGCGCUCGCCUCUGCGCCGUGUCCCCCUGCCUCCCCGACAUCCCCCCCAAAAAAA